GGGGCACGGGCCCGGUCGCGCCCCCGAUUUGUUUAACCGCCAGCUUACUGUUCGGGCUCCCCCCGCCGGCCAAUGGGAGCGCACCGUACGCCGCGGCCCCGGGGAGGGGAGGCGAGCGGGCGGGCGAGCGAGACCUCUCCCUCCCUCCCUCACCUUUCCCGUCGCUCCCCCUCCUCCUCCCAUUGGCGGGGCGCCGUUUAUAUACUAGGCGCACACACGCGGGCGCGGCAGAGGGUAAAAAUCUAGCCAGCCGGUGCUCCUUUGUUUGUUUGUUUGUUUGUUUGUUCGUGCGGCUGAGCAGGAGGAGGGAGGAGGACGGCGGCGCCGGAGCAGCUGGGAGCGGUUCAGGCAGGGCGGAUCGAGAUGGCGCGGGAGAGGCGGGCGAUACGGCGGAUAGAGAGCGCGGCGGCGCGGCAGGUGACCUUCUCCAAGCGGAGGCGCGGGCUGUUCAAGAAGGCCGAGGAGCUCGCCGUGCUCUGCGACGCCGACGUCGCGCUCGUCGUCUUCUCCUCCACCGGCAAGCUCUCCCAGUUCGCCAGCUCCAGUAUGAACGAGAUCAUUGACAAGUAUAGUACUCAUUCAAAGAACCUGGGGAAAUCUGAUCAGCAGCCGGCUAUUGAUUUAAAUUUAGAGCACUGCAAGUAUGACAGUUUGAAUGAACAACUCGCAGAAGCAAGUCUUGGACUUAGACACAUGAGAGGUGAGGAACUUGACGGACUGAGUGUCGGUGAGUUGCAGCAGAUGGAAAAGAAUCUCGAAACAGGAUUGCAGAGGGUGCUUUGUACAAAGGACCGGCAAUUCAUGCAACAAAUUAGUGACCUCCAACAAAAGGGAACACAGCUGGCAGAGGAAAAUAUGCGCUUGAAAAACCAAAUGCAUGAGGUGCCAACUGCUAGCACGGCCGUUGCCGAAGCCGAAAAUGUUGUCCCUGAAGAUGCUCAUUCAUCUGACUCUGUGAUGACGGCAGUACAUUCGGGAAGCUCACAGGACAAUGAUGACGGUUCUGAUAUAUCCCUGAAACUAGCGUUACCUUGGAAGUAAGGACCGUGGGGAGGCCACCAUGAGUUGCCUUGGUAGAGAGAAGAUGUGAAAUGCUAUGGGGAAUCACUCCAAGAUAGGCUGGCUGGAAUGGUCCCAUAGUAGAAGCCAGAUCAGUUUAACCCGAUCGAGUUGUCGUUUUAUGUCUCCGUUUGCACGGCGCAGUUGUCCACCUUUAUGCCUGGGAAUUCAGUCACUGAACUUGUAGCGUAUCUUCUUGUCUUGCUCUGUAGCGACAUGUAUCAUUCGUGCAAACUAUGUAUGUGCCUGCUACGGCUAUGUGUACUUAUUUUAUGAUGAAGCGUAAGCGUGUUAGUGAA